AUGAAUAGCAAAGUCUCUUUCGACAGCCUCUAUGAGGUGGUGUGGGAAGUCCUGCAUGGGAACCAGCGCAAACGCAGAAAAUUUUUGGAGACGGUAAAACUGCAGAUCAGUUUGAAGAACUAUGACCCUCAGAAGGACAAGCGUUUGUCGGGGACCGUCAGGCUUAAGUCCACCCCACGCCCCAAGUUCUCUGUGUGUGUUCUUGGGGAUCAGCAGCACUGUGAUGAAGCCAAAGCUGUGGAUAUCCCCCACAUGGACAUCGAAGCACUGAAAAAACUCAACAAGAAUAAGAAACUGGUAAAAAAGCUGGCCAAGAAGUAUGAUGCCUUUUUGGUCUCAGAAUCCCUGAUCAAGCAGAUCCCAAGAAUCCUAGGUCCAGGGCUGAAUAAGGCUGGCAAGUUCCCUUCUCUGCUGACCCACAAUGAGAACAUGGUGGCAAAAGUAGACGAGGUGAAGUCCACCAUCAGAUUCCAGAUGAAAAAGGUCCUGUGUCUGGCAGUGGCUGUUGGCCAUUCUACUGCUCUGAACGCCCGGUAUUUCCCAGCUGUAACUGGCUCCUAUAUGUCGAGCCCUGAAGCUCCAAUAGAAGCUGCAGAAGCUCCUCCCUUGGGCUUCAUUGAUUUGAUAAAAACUGUGCUGGAGUCCUAG